GCCAGGAAUAACUUGUUCGGCACGUCGGUCGCGCCGCCGCCAUUCCCGACGCGAUCUCAUGGCGUCUGUGGGAACGCGGCUGUUCACAGCCACAGCCCACUUCCUUCGCACAAAGCCGAUGCUGAACGAAGACGAGAUUAGGUCCAUGUUCACCCUAAAGGAGUAUCUCGACCGGGUAUACCGCUACCACCGACGCCGCUCGAGUAUGAGCAGUUCUGGUCGGCAAUACUUCAACGCAUCCAACUUCCGACCCGUGACUCGAGCAUCGUCAAGGUCGUCCGGAUCUAGGAGAUCCGUCGGACUGGUAGCGUCCCGCGCGGAAACCGAGUGCGGUCUAGCCACGGCCGCCAUCAAGGGCAUCCUGUGCGCCGUCCACCCAUUCACGGAACUCUCCGAAUACGAAGUGAACACGUCCGUGUUUGAAAAACUGUUUGGGACCACGAUCGCGUUCUACUGGUCCCUCUACAAGCCCAUUGCGACCAAAAUUGCAGUCGCCACGACACUGUGGAGCUUGCUCUACAACUCGCCGCUCCAGGACCAGUUCUAUCACGUCAUCAGCGAAACAGUGUGCCGGUUCAUCUCCAUGUUUGCCAUCCUGUGGCUCGUGCUCUACUUUUGGUCGCAGCUCAACUGGCGCAUGACUGUCACGGUCCUCGGGUACUUUGACGCGUGGUUCUUCAUUACGCAAGCAAUUCUGUACGCCAUUGCGAUCAUGGCGCUGUACGAAUGGGACGUAGUCGUGGUCGUGUACAACGUGUUUGGGAUUCUGGGCUUCUCCGCCGUGAUCGCAUACGACGCGUAUCCGUUGUCGAUGCGGAAUCUAGCCAAGUACAUGCUGUUUGCCAUCAUGGUGUGUCUUUGUGGCGGCAUGGUCAUGAUGAGCCUCGACAGCGGGUUCAUGGACCGGUCGCUGCACAUGGAUGUGAUGCAUGGCCUCGUCCAUGCCAACUGCCACGUUGACGGCAAUUUAACGCUGACGUGGAGCUUCAACGUGUACGACUUCGCGAUCCAGCGGCUCCAGAUUCUCACCGUGUACAUGAUGCGCAACACGUACUGGGCGUUCAAUGCGCCGAGGUACUGCGUGAUCAUCAAGUCCCGUGUCGCCCUGGAGGAAGUCCCAGUGAUUGGGGUGCGCGUCGUGCCAGCCGAGGCCCAGCUCGGCCGCCGCAACACACUCGUCCGCCAGUCGUUCAAGGAAAGCAACCGCGCCCUUGGUACCCCGCAACCUGAUCAAGUCACGUCGCGCCCGAUGGGUUCGUCGCUGGGGGCAUCGACGGCAGCUGGGACCCCAGCGGCCGCGUCGACGACCAUCUUCGUGUCCGAGUCGAGUCGGAAAGUGACGCCGACGCUGCUGCAGCCCAACACUGGCCCUCUCUACGCUCUGCACCCGAUUCAAAACAACGCGAUCCACACCUACGACGGCCACCACCGCAUGAGCAUCGUAAGCGUGCCCAACGUCGACAUGCUCGCGAGCAAAUCGUCCGCCGACUACGACGUCGACACGGAUAAUAUUUCAACCGACCCUGGUGGAUUGCUCGAUGAGGCGGCAUCCAGCACCGUCGUUAUGAGCGCCGCCCUGCCCGUCCAUCGACCGCCCAAGCCCACAACGUCCCUUCACCUUCCCAAACUCAGCACGCAGAAGCUCCUCCUCGGCAACGUAAUCGGGUCCCGACACAUGACCAACGGGUCCCUGCGAACGUCGACCGCCCAAUCGGCGAUUCCAACAUUGUCUCGCGGAAAUGGUCUCCGCAUCCCUGUCAAGACUCGCAAAAGCUCGAGCUUCCCGCGGAACCUCCACGCUCUCUCCGGCGCUCCCAAACCCGCGUCCAUGGCGCAGGUCAGUCAAGCGAAGUCAGGACAUGCCCAUGAAAGGAAGUAGGGACAUCAUCUUAAUUUAAUAGACCGGAUCGAGCCACGGUGACGCCGGCGCCAUCGUAAACACCAACGUGCCUGGCACGAUCACGCCGUCCUUCCACUCGCCGCGC